AUGCGAAAAAAAGCAAACGAAGAGGGAGGAGUUGAGAAGCUGCCGAGUGGACGGGAUGCAAGCUACGCGGCCGAAAGCUCGCUGAUUGGCGACACAACGGCAGCUGUCUUGCGGCUACAGCACUUCACCUCCACGGCUUGCCCGAUGUGGAUCUCCAUCGCUUUGCCCUUCACCGCUUCAUCCUCGACGCGCUGCUGGCUGUCCUUCUUAUUGGGCCAACGCAUGUCCACCAGCAGAUAUGACGAUGUUUUGUCUCCGAAGGGGCCAAAUUGCCUUGCAAAUAUCGCCUGUCCCGGUGGCUGGCGAGCAGAGAUCGGAGUGAAUUCCGAGUUACGCAACGGCCCCACCUGCCCGAGAGGGAGAAAGCAUAACAAUUUGGUUGGAAUCGACGCCAUCGCGAUCGCGGCAAAGACUCUUGAGGGCACUGACACUGGCACAGUCACUGUUCAAAUGGGCGGUUGUGGUUGCCCUCGUUACCAUCGCUUGGAGAGGGUACAGUCAUACCAUGAGUGCAGAUGCGAUCCCAGCGACAAUCUCUGCAGGCUGCAAACGCUCGGGCCAAGAGGGUCCUCAUUGUCCCGAGAUAGCAUCACUUUUUCCACAGUGGGUAAAUCCAAGAAGUUCUGGGAGAUACAGCAAGAGGACAAGAGAGGGUCCCCCUCCAAGGCAAUCAACCUGACAUCUUUACGGUGGAACCGGGCGUUGGUGGAAUCCACUGACUGUGCUUUGGUUCUCGCAUUGCAUUGCAUUGCCUUUGCUUUGCCUUACUCGUUUGUCGUUUCCUCCUCUGGUUUGCCCCUCCCACCAAGGUUGAUGAUGGCACUUCCAGGGAAGCUCUCGUUGCACUACUUUGAACCGUAUUUAGUCAUGUCAACCUCAACGGGCCAAUGUGAAGCUGCCAGCGAAACCCAGCGAGAGAAGUGCGAGAUGGAUAGCGUCGUCCUCCAAUAUCAGAGGCAGAAGGGACCCCGUUGGCUGGCAAGUGGCUGA